CAAGGCCAGUCGCGGUAUCGGCGUUAUAGAUAUAUCGCCGGCCACUCAAUUCACAUGUGGCAGUCUCGGGAAGCAAGGCAUGGGGCUCAUUCUCUUUCUGCUCGUCAGAUAGAUCCUCCUUCAACUCUCUCUCUCUCUUUCAUCUUUGGAAUCGACAGCAGCGAACACUCCUGGCACCAGCAACAGCGAUACAGUCCAUACAUCAUGUCUGGACCACACUACGACUUUCUGAUCAAGCUACUGCUGAUCGGUGACUCGGGUGUCGGCAAAUCAUGCCUUCUCUUGCGAUUCUGCGACGAUGCAUGGACACCGUCAUUCAUCACUACCAUUGGAAUAGAUUUCAAGAUUAGGACCAUUGACAUGGAUGAUAAGAGGAUCAAGUUGCAAAUUUGGGACACUGCGGGUCAAGAACGUUUCCGAACCAUCACCACCGCGUACUACCGCGGAGCAAUGGGCAUUUUGAUGGUGUAUGACGUGACGGACGAGAAGUCGUUCAACAACAUCCGGACUUGGCACUCGAACAUUGAACAGCACGCCUCAGCAGGAGUCAACAAGAUCCUCAUUGGAAACAAGUGCGAUUGGGAUGAGAAGCGAGCGGUAUCUCUCGAACAGGGUAAACAAUUGGCCGAUGAAUUUGGAUUGAGGUUCUUGGAAACCAGUGCAAAGUCCAACGAGGGAGUUGAAGAGGCUUUCGUCACGCUUGCGAGAGACGUCAAGACUCGAUUGAUCGAUUCUCAACCUCAACCGGAGAAUACGCCUGGUCUCACCGGUCGACCGGGAGGUGUCGACGUCAAGAGGCAGAGUCAACAGAACAACCAAGGAGGUUGCUGCUCAUAAGGAGCUUGUAACGGGGUUUGGAUCUCGCUAUUGUUCUUCGGUUUCUGGAUGGGGAUUUGGCAUGUGCGCAAUUGGGAUGAAGCUACGAGCGACGAGACAGGUUGGCGAAAUAGGAGAAAGUGGGAUAGGCCAAAGGGGAAAGGUUUCUCCGAUUCUGAGAUCCUCAUUCCUCCUAGCUUUUGGCUGGCUGGCGGGCUCACGGACAGGUUAGGGAGGUGGUAUACAUGUGGUGCUUAGUGACUCUUUCCCUGCACAUAUUGUCGAUUCGUUUUCUCUUCUCCUUUUCUCGUAUAGCUGGAUGUAACAGUAUGACCAUAGCGAGCGGGAAUCGUUGUCACACAGCUCGAUUCGUGUGUACGGUGAGAGAAACAUUUAGCAGAAGAAGCCUGGGAGACCGAACCGACCGCAU